CACCUAUCAGUCCAACUAUAUAGUUGGACCAAAUAUUACAAUGAAUCAACAAUAUUUAGCAUUCAAUCGCUCCCAAGGACCUGGAAAUGCCGGAAUUAACAUGGGUACACCUUUUCUCGACGCGUCUCAUAUAUACGGAGUAACAGAUGCUCAAACUUCUUUGAUUCGUGAUACUGGUAACAGAGGAAAAAUGAGACUCAUAACUUCAAGUGAAACGGAGGAUGGUAAACUAGGGUAUCCACCUAAGGAUGCAAAUGGAGAAUACAUUUUUGGGUAUGGUAUACUUCGCCUAAAGGAAGGAAUGUUUUUACAGGUGAAUAAACUCAUGCAUUUAAAAAACUAUUCGUCAAGUUCAUCUUAUGCUUAUGUAUUUGUAGAUCUUUUCUUCGUUAUUUUUUUACGCGAACAUAAUAGACGAUGUAAUGAAUUGUAUGCGAUUCAUGGCAAUUCUUGGAAUGAUGAAACUUAUUUUCAAGAAGCAAGAAGAUGGACUUCAAUGCGUUAUGGCCAUAGCGAAGUUAGUGAUAAUUACGCAAUUGUUGAUGACAAAGGACAUUUUAUUACUACUUUACAAUUAAAUUCACUUCAACAACCUCAUUUACUCGAAUUGUAUGGUAUUCCCAAUCUUGUAGUAUCGAUAGCUCUUCAAAUGCAAGAAGAAGUUGAUAUAUAUAUUUGUGACCAGAUGCGAUAUUAUCUUUAUAAAGCUGAAUUAAUGGACGUAGCGAGUCUUGAUUGUAUAAGAGGUCGUGAUCAUGGAAUUGCAAGAUAUAAUGACGCAAGACAAUAUUUUGGUUUAGCUCGGGCUCAAGAUUGGUCUGACAUUUCAUCAGAUCCUGUUGUGCAAAGCCGUUUACGGAAUGUUUACGGUACUGUUGAUCAAGUCGAAUCAUUUGUUGGGGGCCUUGCUGAAGAUCAUAUCCCUGGUUCAAAUCUUGGCCCUUUAUUUUAUCAUAGUUAUGUUAAUCAG